ACAACUCACUUUUACAAGUUUCAAGCACACCAUGAAUUGAAAGAUUUCCAAGGGUGCAAGUUGUUGUGCUUGGCCCAAAAAUACGGUUUCAAAGGCUGUUAUGUGCUGUCGUAGAAGGUACAUUCUACCUGCAGCUUCGUCGUGCCCUCAGAGAUGGGUAAUCAGCUCUCCGGAAUUGCGCCUUCGCAGAUCCUUAGUGUUGAACAUUAUUUCAGCGAUCUACCCGACUUUGAAUUUGACGGAAGUUUGGGAAGCACAAGGUUUUUCAAGGUUGCUCGAGCGAAGCACCGGGAAGGACUAUGUGUUGUGAAGGUAUUUGCAAUCCAAGAUCCCUCUCUUCCUUUGAAGACAUACCAAGAUCAGCUGACAGAUAUCAAGAACAGACUGGCUACAGCACCAAAUGUUCUGCCAUUUCACCAUUCCAUUCUAACAGACAAAGCAAGUUUGCUCAUGAGGCAGUUUAUCAAGGACAACUUGUAUGAUAGAAUAAGCACUCGACCUUUCCUUGAUGUUAUUGAGAAGAAAUGGAUUGUGUUCCAGUUGUUAUGUGCUCUGGAUCAGUGUCAUUCUGUGAAGGUCUGCCAUGGUGACAUCAAAACUGAGAAUGUAAUGGUGACUGGAUGGAACUGGGUCCUGUUAACUGACAUUGCAAGUUUUAAGCCUGCAUUUCUCCCUGAAGAUAAUCCAGCAGAUUUCAACUUUUUCUUUGACACGUCUCGUCGCCGCAGUUGCUACAUUGCACCUGAGAGAUUUCUGGAUUCAAGGCAAGCAGAUCAGUUAUUGACCAGAGGCUCUGUGACAGCAGGAAAUGGUGAUGUUCAAUCCAAUAAUGGUCCCAGUCUGCCAGACAUGGAUUUUGUUCGACAUCAGCAAGGAACACUGACACCUCAGAUGGACAUAUUUUCUGCUGGUCUCUCUCCUAACUUCUUGCAUCAGAAGCUGUAAGUAUUGUGUGUCCAAACUGACAGUUCUGGAGCUUCUCCUGAAAAUUGCCCAUCAUGUCAGCGACGAUAUAAUUCUUGAGCGACUUCUUCCUUACAUUCUGUUCCUUGUCAACGACCCUCUACCACAAGUCAGGGCCCAAGCCCUGAAGAUCUUAACUCAGUGUCUACAACUUGUUCGCAGUAUGCCUCGCAGCGACGCAAAUAUUUUCCCAGAGUACAUCCUGCCGAGCCUGUCUUGGCUGACUCAAGACCAAGAAGUCAUAGUAAGAAUAGCAUAUGCUGAGAAUAUUGCCUCCCUGGCCGAGACGGCUUUGAAGUUUUUGGAAAUGGCCCAGUUAGAUUUUGCCAAUCAGGAAAAUAAUGAAGAUAGUGACGCUCCCAUACAGUAUCAGGGUAGCUACGACACUGAACUGCAAGCACUGCACGAGCUCAUCCAAAGAAAAGUUGUUACUCUGCUGAGUGAUCCUGAAAACAUUGUUAAACAAACGCUGUUGGAAAAUGGCAUCACACAACUGUGUGUUUUCUUUGGUCGACAGAAGGCGAAUGAUGUUCUGUUGUCGCACAUGAUCACUUUCCUUAAUGACAAGCAGGAUUGGCAGUUGAGAGGAGCUUUCUUUGAUAGUAUUGUUGGUGUUGCUGCCUAUGUUGGAUGGCAGAGUCUUGUGAUGCUCAGACCAUUGCUAGAGCAGGGCUUGAGUGAUACUGAAGAAUUUGUGGUGUGUAAAGCUUUGAAUGCGCUGACUUGUCUGGCCGAACUAGGAUUGCUUCAAAAACCGACGUUGCAAGAACUUGUAUUAGAGAUUGUUCCCUUUCUUUGCCAUCCCAACAUGUGGGUUCGUUACGGAGCAGUCGGAUUUGUGGCUGCAGUGGCUCGUACUCUCAACAUAGCUGAUGUUCACUGCAAUCUGUUGCCUCUCCUUCAGCCAUUUCUCAAACAACCUGUUGUCCAAGUCGAUCAGGAGGUGAUCUUGGUGAGCUUGUUAAAGGAACCCAUUAACAGAGGUGUAUAUGAUUUUAUUAUCCGAUCACCCCACGUCGUCAGUCUCUUUGACAGUUUACAGGACAGACAGUUAGUUCGUAAUCUGUGCCGUGCGGGUCAGAGACCAAAUUACCCAGAAACAGAUGAGGCUCUGGUACCCAUCUUCCGCAAACUGCACUCACAGGGAAUCACAGAGGAGGACGAGGACAAAUUACUUUUCCUCAAGGAAGUGAUUCUCAAGUUACACAGAGCUAAAACUAGUGCCAUGGAACAGCCAGAUAGCAAUGAAGAAGUGAUGAGGGGAGACAUAAACCUCAAGACCCUUAAAGGGGGAAAGACUGUCACAAGACGGAACGCGGAACUUGUAAAAUCCACCGAGGGGAAAAACGACAUGAACUCAGCAAACAAGAAAGGAAGUGCUAAGAACAAAAAGAAUUCAAAUGCUGAACAGCCCUCGAUGAACCCUGAAUGGCAUCACAUGUUUGGAGGAGCAGAAAGCGCUGCAGUGGCGUUGGUCAUGGCGAGGAGAGAGUCCAUGCCAAUCAAUACAAAUCGACCAAAGUCUCCAUUAGGAAAAACCAUCUCCCUUCCGCCUGCUGGGGACAGCAACAAAGAUCAAGUGACUCUCAGCCCGCCUGUUAGCCGGCCCGCCACUAUACCGCGCCCGGAGUCUGGUUCCCAGUUAAAGAAACAAUCUUUGCCGGUCUCGCAAGAAUUUUUGACCCAGAAUCCAUUGCAAGCGCGGUAUGCACUGUGUAAGCUGGAUCUACGGAAACUGGUACACCACAAAAGAGAGCAAAAUGCUGCGGACAUGAAGGAGAAAGCUCUUCUUGGAAGCGUGCUAGCUGAAGGUAGUAAACCGGUUCAGUCUCGAUGGGUUCCUAAAGGACUGUUAGUGGCUCAUCUACACGAGCAUAAGGCAGCCAUUAACAGACUUCAGUUGAGUUCAGACUUCACGCACUUUGCCACUGCAUCUGAUGAUGGAUCUGUCAAACUGUGGGAUCUACAAAAACUUGAUGGCAGGAGUCUGAUUAACAAGUCCAGGCAGACGUACACCAGACAAGGUUGGAAAAUGAAGGCGUUGACUUUCUGUCAAGGAUCCAUUUCCAUAGCUUGCGCUUCUGAUGAAGGAACCAUUGAUGUCUUUAGAAUCGAGCAGGGCAGUCAGCAACCCAAUUCCAGGCUUGAAAAAAGAGUGGACCCCAAAGAAGAAGGGACAGUGGUAGAAUUGACUCAAUUUGAAACAGGUUCCCAGUCAGUGUUAACGUAUGCUACAUCUCAUGGUCUUAUCUGUGGUUGGGAUCUUCGAUCAUCUAAGCUGGCCUGGAAACUAGAAAACGAUCCAUCUCAUGGUGUGAUCACGUCCUUUGUGGUGGACCCUUGUCACAGUUGGCUGACCGUGGGGACGAGUGCUGGUAUGUUAGUCUGCUGGGAUCUACGAUUUCAGCUGCCGAUCACGAGUCUGUCUCAUCCAAGAGGCGCCCGUGUUCGUCGGCUCGCCACACACCCGACCGAGCAGUCCUGGGUAGUGUCAGCCGUGCAAGGUAACAAUGAAGUGACCGUUUGGGACCUGGAGACUGGAGCGUGGAGACAAGCUCUGUGGGCAAGUCACACCCCUCCCCUCUCGCAAACACAGGUUUCCCCUAACGCAGUGCAUGCGCUGUAUACAAGCAGAAAGGAUGUUAGUCCGUACAUCCUGACCGCAGGCUCAGAUCGGCGGAUUCGGCUGUGGGACCUGGCCUAUCCUGAACGUUCCCAGAUGGUGGCAGGAGUUGCUACUGAUAACCUGAAUGGUGUGGUACUACAGUACAAAUCACGUCUUAUAGACGGUACCGAUGUACUCCAGGAAGUUUACUGUAAGCCACGCCAGGGUGGCAUACAUGAUGAUCUACCUCGACGAGGACCCGACCAUCCCCCUAUGGGACAUCAUGAAUGUAUCAACGACAUCGCAGUCACUAAAUUACCCCAGAACUAUAUCAUAUCGGCUGGCAGGGAUGGCGUGCUCAAAAUAUGGAAGUAACUCACUGCUCUUAUCCCGAGGAAUUACGUUGCCUUAGAGUCAGCAAAACACUUUUAAACCGGUCGUAGAUAAUUACAUUUGAUGUUGACAGUUGUUGAGAUAUCCCCAGGGGGAACUGGUUAAUCGACAGAGACGAUCAGUCAAAUCAAGUUAUAGGAAAAACGCUAUAGUAGAGGAAAACAUCUAUAUUAUUUGUCAAAUGUUUUGAAAGUGUCCUGCUUUCUUCAGGUUUACAAAAAUGUUUUAAACCAAUUUUCAAAUGACCGUUUGAAAGCUACAAUAUAUGAUGCAAUCAUUA